AUGCCUCCACCAAAGGCAGCAAAGGGCGAAUACAUCGAGACCGACACAGGGAACAAAAUCUCCCGACGGUCCCAAAUUCACGGCACGCAACACAUCAUCCUCGGCGGCAAGACGGUAAUACAAGCCGAAGCCGUAAUCCGUGGCGACCUAUUCCGCACGGCAACACUCCCCACCGAUCCAAACAAUGCCUCCGCGCCAGCAGCCCCGAACCCCAGCACGCCCAGCGUGGCGAUAACAGUCGGGCGAUACAGCUACAUUUCCAAGAGCGCGAUCCUGCGCCCUCCCAGCCGGCUACACCGCGGUAUACACUCGUUCUACCCGCUCAAGAUCGGUGACCAUGUUUUUGUCGGCGAGGGCGCUGUUGUUGAGGCUGCGUCGCUGGGGAAUCAUGUUCAUGUUGGGAAGGGAGCUGCUGUAGGCAGCAUGGCUAUCAUUAAAGAUUAUGCUUAUGUGCUUGAUGGCGCGGUUGUUCCGCCCGGUAUGGUUGUGCCGAGCUGGUGUAUUGUUGGUGGCAGGCCGGCGAGGAUUGUCGGGGAGGUAGGGGAGGGAUAUGGUGUUGAGGGGGCGGAGGGGGGUAUGGCAAGGGAGAGGUAUCGGGUUGUUGGAAGGCCUUGA